UACAUUUUCUAUCUUCACAAGUUACAAAACAAAAAGCAAAAUGGUCACGGGAAGUCAAUCCGGAAUGAAAAAUAGCAGUCAGACUAAAAUAUUAACUUUAAAAGCAAACAUGGGGGCAAAAUCCGCCAACAGCGAAACUGGAAAGUCCAUGGCCAGCAUGAAUCAAGGAAAGUCUUUAAGCAGAAUGAAAGUCAGACGAAAAUCUUACGGUUUUGGUGGUGGCGUGGCUGGUAUCAAAAUAGCUGGAGCAGAACAUCGAUCCUCACUGCAUGGAGCUGAUUAUAAGCGACCCCAACUGCUGUUCCUACCCACGUAUCGGCUGGAACCUCGUGUCAAGUUUCACGUGCCAAGUGUAGAGAAGGUUAUUAAUAAAGUCCUGGAUUUCUACUUCACCGACUAUGAAUAUAAUGUUGUGCAAUCACCAGGACUAACAGUGAUAAUGGCAGGAGAAAUAAUGAAAGGCGUCAAGGCUUUUUAUUUCGACCGCUACAGGAUCAUCGCUGUGGUCACCAUAGCUCAAAAGAGGCAGCAAUCCUAUAACAACGCCGUUGCUUUCCUAUGGGACCAUACAAGAGAUAAUCUAGUGGACAUUUUUAGAGAAGUCAGCACAGCAUUUGUUCAAGUCACCGUCUUCGGAGUAUACCUCGACUAACUCUUUAGAAUACUCUAGAAUAUUUUAACUGCUAUUGUCUAAUUUAUACCUAGUUACCUAAAUUUAGAAUAGUUUAUAUUAUAACUUGCUCGUGCGUCUUUAGAAUAAUUUAGGAUAUUUUAAAUAUUAUUGUCGAAUUUAUACCUAGUUAUAUUUAGAUAGAAUAGUUUAUAUUAUAAUGGAUUUACCGGCUAUAAGUAACGUUUUAGAAAUAAUUAAUUAGUAUAAAAUAUAUUUAUGAUCGAUUAAUAAAAGGGAU